GGGCCGGACCCCUCCGGAGUGGAGAGGGGUGACCUGUUUACCUUGAAAACUUAGACGUGAUCAGCACAGGCGAGCCUGCCCUGCGGAUGGGGACUGCGGAAUGUGCUUCCCGGGUCCACCGGGUAAAUCAGAGCUCUGAGCUGCAGGGGACGUGCUCGGCGUCUUGAAGGGGAUCGAGCCGGCAACCGGGGCAUGUGCCCUGACCGGGAAUCGAACCGGGACCUCCCAGUUCAUAGGUCGACGCUCAACCACUGAGCCACGCCAGCCGGGCUCUCAGAGCAUUUCUGAUAAGUUUCUAGACUGCCCCAGAUGUCUGGGCCAUCUGGAAGGGUUUCAAGUCUCCCCGUCCUCAUUAUUGUGGCUGCCCUCUAAAAAAAUGCGUUCUGGAAGCUCAAAGACCAGAUCACGGUACCAGUCCAUCUGGUUUCUGGGCCUGUGCCCCCUGCAGAGUGGCUCAUCAUGUGAAGGAAUCUCUGCUUGAUGUCACCCUACUACUUUUCACGUACAUUACACAUUGAGAAGGUCGUGAGCAACAACUGUCUCUCUCCGAGGGUGGGAACUGCCAUGAUUCACAAAGACAAGAAGUAGUUUUCCUGUAAUCACAAGAUGACUCAGGAUGGACCAUGAGGCGGCCCAGCUGGAGAAGCAGCACGUACAUGAUGUGUAUGAGAGCACCGCCCGCUACCUCAGCGACCUGCAGGGCAAAGCCUGGCCCCGCGUCCGCCAGUUCCUCCAGGACCAGGAGCCCGGCAGCCUCAUCGCCGACAUAGGUUGUGGGACUGGAAAGUACCUUAAAGUGAAUAGCCAGGUACAUACCCUGGGCUGUGACUACUGUGGGCCGUUGGUAGAGAUUGCCCGGAGUAGGGGAUGUGAAGUCAUGGUAUGUGACAACCUUAAUCUCCCCUUUAGGGAUCAGGGCUUCGAUGCCAUCAUCUCCAUAGGAGUGAUACAUCAUUUUUCGACCAAACAGAGAAGAAUCCGAGCAAUAAAGGAAAUGGCCCGCAUCUUGGUGCCCGGAGGCCAGCUGAUGAUCUACGUCUGGGCGAUGGAACAGAAGACCCGGCACUUUGAGAAGCAAGACGUGCUGGUGCCGUGGAACAGGGCCUUGUGCUCCCGGCUCCUCUCCGAGCCCAGCCCGCCGGGGAGAAGGAAGCAGUGUGGCCACCUGGAAAGGAGCCACCCCUACCACCCGCCCGGCUCCGGGUGCAGCUGCUCCGUUUGCUUCAAGGAGCGACGGGACUCCAGACGGUCCCACAGCGCCGACUAUGAGCCCGUCCGGGCCAGGACUUGUUGCGCCAAUAUUUCGAAGGAGGCCGGGGCCGAGAACGGCUUCUAUAACACCUUAGGGAGAUCUUUUCGCUCCUGGUUUUGCUCCAGAUCUUUGGAUGAGUCCAGUCUGAGGAAGCAAAUGGAAAGAGGGAGGCCCUUGAAAAACACAGAAGGCUGGGCCGCCAGCACUAUAUCCAUCCAGCCUUCCAGACACCCCAGUUCAGACAGGGAUCCCCCAGAGCCAUGUCCAACAAGAGAGCAAAACUCGGACGAGGACGUGUUUGUGGAAACUUCUCAGAAGCACUCGGAGUGGCUGAGGGCACCGGCCACAGGGAAGCAUCUCCGCGGAGACCCUCAGGGAGAGACGGGGAGACAUGGAGGUGGGGAUGGCCUGGGGAGCACCCAGACCACUGAGGAGCGUGCGGCUGCGGGCACGUUGGAAGAAGGGAAGCCUUCUGCUCGUAGGGCACUGAGAAGGAUGUCCACGCUCGGUUCCACAGACUCCAUCCCAGACGGCACAAUUCCUGUCGAAGGACAACAGCCUGACGUUUUGGACUCCGGGGCCUUUAUGCGCUACUACCACGUGUUUCGAGAAGGCGAGCUCUGUGGGCUGCUGAGGGAAAACGUGUCAGAGCUCCACAUCCUGAGCUCUGGGAAUGACCAUGGCAACUGGUGCAUCAUCGCCGAGAAAAAGGAGGCCUGUGGUUGACUGGAUCAGCUCAGACAGCUCCUCCCGGGAUGAGCCGCGCUCCUUGCGCCGGCGCUGGGAUGGCUACCUGAACGUGCACCCACUUCCAUUCUUUUUCAGCCCGUGCAUGCUCUGGUCUGCCGAGACUGUGGAAUGGUCAUCUUCCGAAUCUCAGCGUAAGCACAGAGCCUGGCAUCUGAAGCAUUUGGCAAAGGGUAUGUGUGGUUCAGUGUUGAUGGAAGAGAUCUGAAGUGCGCUUCAAUACAGUUUGGGGUUUUGUCCCCCUGAAAGAUGAAAUUAUUAUGAGACUCCAUGUGUAUAGUUUUUCAGUCUUAUAAACUGAUUUUAAAAGAUUCUGUGUGUAAGUAUUCCUUCCGAAAAUGGCAUUUUUACAAAGUUAGGGGGGUAAUUUCUGUUUCUCAGAAGAUAUUUUACAUCUGUGUGCCCGAUAACAGAUGAACCUGUUCCGUUGCACCGAUGGAAAUUGAACCUGGUGAUAAGUUAUGUUGUUGCGAAGGCCUUGCUUCAACUUAGAGUCUUCAGAAAGGUGAAAAGCAGUAGAGAGAGAAAAGAAGUGUUACUGGACUUUUCAAAACGAUAAGCUGUCUUGCGUCAAGCUAAGUGGAUCACAAGGUUAUCAAUGUCACUCAGAAGAUUUUAAAGGCACUGUUAGCACAGAGAGAGGUGGCUGUGGGUACUUGAAGUUGGUAUUUUUCUGACCUUGUUAGAGGCAGGAAUAUCCAGUUAUGAUAAGACCAAGAUUGACUAAGGAAGAGUUUUCACCUAGAACAGUGGUUCCCACCUUUUUUUGGCCAUGCCCCACCCAAGCAUCUCUAAAAUCCUGAUGCCCGCCCUGUGACAUAAAAUUCUUAUUAUUCAAAAAGUGAACUCCUAUUCACAUGGAGGAAGCCUAAAAGGACAUGAACUUGGUCUAAGCAAGCUUCAAAAAAAACAUGGCAUCCAUGAAAGAGAAAAAUAAAAGAACGAAAGGAUAGUUGAAGUACUGAAGAAGAAAUCACUAAGAAAUUGUUUAAAAAAU